AUGUCAGCUAGUCAGAUCUCCAAAUCUGAUGCCAACAACAGCAAGAUGAGUUUCGGGCAGGGAAGUUAUGGACAUUCGAGCUGGGGUCGAUCUUGCAACUGUGGUAGAUCCACAACCAAGAUAAAGUCAUGGACCGAUGAUAAUUCGGGAAGACGAUUCUUCAGAUGUGAUGUUCAUGGCUUUGUUUCUUGGUCUGACGUUGAGAAACAAUGCACUUGGCAAAAAUUGAGCUUAUUGGAGGCAAGAGAUGAAUUGAAGGCUUUGAAGGAGUCUCUUAGAACACCAAUUAAUCAACAAGCGAUCAAAGAAGAAGAAGAAACGAAGAAGCUUGAAGAAGAGACGAAGAAGCUUGAAGUAGAGAAAAAAACGCUUGAAGAAGAGAAGAAGUUUGAUCUUAUGUUCUGUAAUGGAGAUUCCUUGUUUGCCAAAACUCGAUCUCCACUGAUGCUGGCUUCUGAUUCUGUAACUUUGAGAAUUGAUACUUCAAAUGUGCAUCAAGAAGUGGUGAUUUCUAUGGUGAACAAUGGAGACAAUAUAGUGCAAGACGUGAUGCAGCAGCAAGAAGGGUGUGAUUAUGCAGUGUUGAUUCGCAAAACAGAGUUUUCCAAAGCCACUAUGAUGUUGACAAAGAGUGGUGCGGUUCAGCCAAAAGCAUUUAUUUUGCCAACUCCACAGGUACCAGCUUCUAAAUUGGAACCAAGCCUUCGAUUUAACAAUGAAUCACUGGUUGUCGUCACUAACCAGCAAAUGGUAUACCAAGUGCUCGAUACAAUGUCACCACAGAAAGAAAGACUGAAGAAGAGGAAGCUGAGUUUGUCUCCUAAAAAUUGGAUGUUCAAGUUCAAAAACCUGCCACAUACAAGAUAUUGGGUACAAGAGAAGCUAUGGUUUAAGGAGUCAAUGGCAGCUAAUGUUGAUAAAGAGGAAUUGUGUUUGGUGACUGACUCACUUCUGAAACCAAAAACGUGGCAGAGCAAGGAUUCACUUUUGGUGAUAGAACUGAGCCACCAACAGGAAAUUCUUUCGGAGAAGCAAUCCGACAUGGAGAUGGCUUUAUUCAAAGAGAGGUCUAGAAGCAAGAAGAUGUUGGUUAUAAAUCCUCGGAAACACGCUCAUAUGUUUCACGAUGACGCACCUGUCACCAUAUCUCUGAAUGAGACGGUUAUAGUGCAGCCUUCUUUUGCAUCUCAACAGGCUCCUCAGAGGCUGGCACCAAUACAAGUCAAGCAACAAUUGCUUCAAGCACAACAAUACACGUGGAAUAAUGAUGAUCAAAGAAGGAAACCAAAACAUUCAGUGGUUGAUUAG